UAGAUUAUGUCAAUGUUACAUCAUAUCAUUCUUGAAACGCCAAACAUUCCCCAGAUAAACCAAUCAGAAAUAGCUAAUGACUAAAGGCAAGCACAUACAAUCGAAAUCCUCAAGUUAUCAACACCAAUUACCAAAAUUCCACACAGCCAAAUUCCUCCGGGUUUUCUUACAAAAAUCUUCUCUGUGAACAAAGAUUGAGCAUAUCAAAGAAAACUAUAGAGAAAUAGGCAUGGAAUCCCAUAAGCCACGCUCUGGCAUCCAAGCAUGCAUGGGAACCAUCCACAGCAAGCCUACUCAUUCCAUUAGGAAAUAUGUUAUCAGGGGAAAAUUUGUUGUUCUACAAAGUCGAGGGAAAUCAGGUCCUGGGAAAUCAGCAUCCAUACAGAUUUAUAGCAGCACAGUCCUGGAUCCAAGCACAGGCAGAGGAAAGUUGAGUAAAAAAGCCUACCUCAAGUAUGGAAAGAGUAAGAAACAUAGUGGCACAAAAACAAUAACAUAUCAGAUAAAGCUCCGUAUGGACCCAGAGUUUGGAAUUCCAGGGGCAUUUGUCAUAGUCAAUCAACACAAACACGAAUUUUUCCUUGAAACUGCAACUCUAGAAUUUCUAGACAAUCAGAUAAUUCACUUUGACUGUAGGUCUUGGGUAUACCCAAUCCAAAAGACAAAAUCAGAGCGCUUGUUCUUCUCAAAUACAAGUUAUCUGCCAAACCAAACACCUAGUCCUUUGGAGGAGUUAAGGAAGUCAGAACUUAUAAGCUUGAGAGGAGAUGGAACUGGAGAGAGGAAUGAAUGGGAUCGAAUUUAUGAUUAUGAUUAUUACAAUGAUCUUGGUCGGCCAGAUAAAGGUCCAAAACACACUAGGCCAAUCUUGGGUGGUUCAGAAAAACAUCCAUAUCCUCGCAGGGGAAGAACAGGUCACUCUCCCAGCAGCACUGAUGUCCAACUGCAUCUUUCAGAUCUCUGGGAAGAUCCUUCAAGGGGGUGCCCACCAGAAGCAUUCAACUUUGAUGUAUAUGUUCCUCCAGAUGAACGACUUAGCCCCAAAAAACUAGCAGAGUUCAUAUCUAAUUCAGUACAGGCUAGUGCACAUUUUCUUAUCCCUGAGGCAAAAUCCUUAUUCAAACAAGAUUCAAACACUUUUAAGUCAUUUGAUGAGAUACGUGACAUAUUCACUAGCAAGAGAAAUCAAGUAAUCAGGGGAAAGGUCACAGAGAAAUUGAAGAAAUUGGUACCAGCUGGAAUUUUCGAAGAAAUUAUCCAUGCCAGUAAAGAAGACUCAAAAAAUUUCCCGUUGCCCCAAAUUAUAGCAGAGAAUCAAUUAGCCUGGAGGGACGACGAGGAGUUUGGACAUCAAAUGCUUGCAGGAAUUAACCCCACAAGAAUUCGAUGUUUGCAGCGAUUCCCACCAGAAGGCAAACAUGGUCAGAGUACAAUAAAGGUGUCAGACAUAGAGCCAAACUUGGAUGGUUUGAAUAUUUUUCAGGCAAUGUAUCAAUGGAGGAUAUUCAUCUUGGACCACCAUGACUAUCUCAUGCCCUUCUUAGACAAAAUAAACACAAAAGGUGUUUGUGCUUAUGCAUCAAGAACACUGUUUUUCUUACGAAACGAUGCCACCCUAAAACCAGUAGCAAUAGAACUGAGCUUGCCUGGGCCUCUUAAGGACAAAGAGAUCAGCAGGGUGUUCCGACCAGCAAGUGAAGGUACUGAAGCAGCACUUUGGCAACUUGCUAAAGCUCAUGUUGCAGCCAACGACUCAGCAUACCAUCAACUAAUCAGCCAUUGGUUGCACACUCAUGCAGUUGUUGAGCCAUUCAUCAUUGCAACUAGAAGGCAAUUGAGUGUUAUGCACCCAAUUCACCGGCUAUUAGAUCCUCAUUUUAAAGACACCAUGCAUGUAAAUGCAUUGGCUAGGAAAAUCCUUAUUAAUUCUGGAGGAAUCCUUGAGAAGACAUUAUUUACUGGUGAAAUAUCCAUGGAAUUGUCUGCUGAACUCUAUAAAGAGUGGAGAUUUGAUGAACAAGCUCUUCCUGCUGAUCUUCUCAAAAGACGACUGGCACUAGAAGACCCAGAUAGUCCCACUGGGGUUCAGCUCCUCUUCGAGGAUUAUCCCUAUGGUGCAGAUGGACUUGAUAUAUGGCAUGCCAUUAAGACAUGGGUCACAGACUACUGCUCCGUCUUUUACAAAGACGAUAAUCUUGUUAGGUCUGACAUAGAAAUCCAAGGAUGGUGGUUAGAAAUUAAAAACGUGGGCCACACUGACAAGCAGAGUGAGACGUGGUGGUAUGAAAUGACAACUGUCUCCAACCUAAUAGAGGCUCUAACAACUCUCAUAUGGAUUACAUCAGCAUUUCAUGCUUCACUGAACUUUGGGCAAUAUGCAUAUGCUAGCUACCCUCCUAAUCGUCCCAUGCUAUGCCGAAAAUUCAUCCCAAAAGAAGGGGAAAAAGAAUAUGCUGAGUUCCUAAUGGAUCCAGAUAAAUACUAUCUUAAUAUGUUGCCUGAAAGAUUUCAAACAACCCUUGGCAUUGUAUUGACGGAGGUCCUCUCACAACACAGCUCCGAUGAAGUGUACUUGGGACAGCGGCCAUUACAGUGGAUUGACAAUAAAGAAGUUCAGCAAAGAUUUGAGAAAUUCAAUGAAGAUCUUAAAGAGAUAGAGAAUAAAAUCUCUGAGAGGAAUGCAAAUCCAAUGUUUAGGAAUAGACGGGGCAAUGCCAAGAUACCAUACAACCUUCUUCACCCAGAUACAUCAAAUAGUGGAUCCAAAGGAGGCAUCACUGGUAAAGGGAUCCCUAACAGUAUAUCCAUUUAAACAUAUUCAUUGUACUGUAAACUUUAAAUGAUAAUUAUAUCUUCAUCAUGAAAUGACUCUCCAACAUACUUCAGAACUCAGAUAGAAUUGCAUGUGCAUCUUAAGCUUUUCAUUUUGUAGUCUAAUUGUAUCUAUUAUUAGAUUCUUCAACUAAGUAAUCCCCUUUUCCCAACGUGAGUGUGACUCUGGAAAUAAUAUAAGAAACAAAUUACAAUUAAA